AUGGAUGCAAUUAGAGCUGUGCAUCAAUGUUUAUUUUGUCCGCAAACAUUUGGCAGUGCCAACGAAAAAGAUGACCACAUUCUACAGCAUUUUGCCCACGAAACAUGCAUCGAAUGCGACCAGAAUUUGAUUCGAAUCGGUAGUGAUUUGUACACUCGACAUAAUGCUGUAACAUGCAUAAAGAUUGAUGUUAAAAUUGAGAAAUUUACUGAAGCAUCGUCACCGGUCAAUCAUUCGGGAUACAUAACUGAGACUGAAGAUGACAUUACUGCCAGUGGAAGUGACAACGAUGAUUGGUCUACAACUUUUUCUAUGAUUAAAGAGUCAAUUUGCGUUGACGAACGCGUAAUAACAGAGUCAAUCGAUGAAUGUGAACAGGCGAAUGUUGUCCUCAAGAAUGAGGAUAGUGAUGAUUUUCUGUUGGCUCCCCAAAUGAACAAUGAUAACGAAAUUGAAAUCGAUCCAAUGCCAAUGAAUGAAGUUGUAGAUGAUAUUAUUGAAGAUAGUUUGGAAUGCACACAAUUAGAUUCAGAAAACAAACCCAAGAGCGAUCCACAACUGAUAAAUAGCAUAAAGACUAAUGACGAGAAACGUAAGAUUGGAUGUAACAUUUGUGGUAAAAUAUUAUUGGCCACAUCUCUAGUACUUCACAAAAAGACUCAACAUGCUCCUCCGGGUACAUAUAUUUGUCGAAUUUGUCACAAAGAAUUUCCAAAUGAGCAAGAAUUGUCCAAACACCAGGCUGGCUGUCUUUGUAAGACAAGAAAAAAGGUUCGAUGUAAUGAUUGCGGUAAAAUGUUUAAUAAAACAACAAUAGCACGACAUAAGCGAGCAUAUCAUUCGCCUGAAGGAACACCUGUUUGUAAACGCUGUUGUAAAAUAUUUUCCAACGAAGAGGAGUUGUCGCUGCAUCAAUCUGUAUGUCUGUUGAAACGAAAGCCUAUCGAAAAAGGUCAUUUCGAAUGUGAUAUUUUUGAACCAUUCAAUUCACAGCAAAAACGAGAAAUUCAUAACGAUUUGGCCGGAACCAGUGCUACACAAUCCCAAAUAGAGCAUGAAGAAGAGCCGUAUACACAAAUCAAGGAUGAUAUCCAACUCAAGGAAGAAAUAGUUGAUGAUGGCACAAAUCUCAUUAGUUUUGAAGACUCAAAUCAACAACUUGAAAGUGAAUCUCAAUCCCAUGAAUUGAUGAGAACAAAGCCAGUGAAGCGAAACGACAUUGUAUGCGAUUUUUGUGGAAAACUAUUCAAAAGCCAAUUUAUAUUGCAACAACAUCAAAUCCGAUUCCACAGUGCACCCAAC